AUGAAUAAAAGGAUAUUUAGUUUAGUUUGUAUCACCUUAUAUACCCUUUUGGCUGUGUCAAUAUAUUGCUCUGAACAGAACGUAUCUGAUUUAGGAAAUAAAAGUGUUCGUGGGACUAAAGAAACAAACAUAAGUAACGAAGAAUAUGAUAUAGAAUCUAAACGCGAAACACAAUUAAUGAAUAACAAUUCUAAAGAUGAUGAAGGUGAUAGUGGAUUUAAUUGUUUUAAUAUAUUUAAAAGAAAUAAAAAAAAUAAAAGAACAAAAGUACCCUUAACUCAUUCAUGUAAUCAAACAGCUGGCACAUCUUCAAAUAACAAUGCUCUUCCUAUGGUAACAGUGUGUUUGGGAAAAUUUCAGCAUGCCAUUCCUGCAACAGAUCCAAAUCUUUUAGAGGUUUUAUUACAAUUAAAAGGAAAAUUAGAAAAAAGGCUUUCAAAUAAAAAUAAAUCUAUUCCUAAGAAAGAAUUGAAGAUGCAAAAAAAAUUGAGUAUCAUACUUGCAAAAAAACCAGAACUGUUAUGGCCUUUAUUACGUGUAAAAGAAGAAUUAGAAAAAGAAUCUUCAAAUAAUAAUAGUUCUAUUCCUAAGGUAACAUUGGUGGUGAAAAACAUGCUGCAUGAAAUCCCUGUAAAAGAUCCAGAACAUUUAGAGUUUUUUUUACGUUUAAAAGAAGAAUUGGAAAAUUAUCAUCAAAUAGAAAACCAAGAGAAUUAUUUUCAUAUAAUAAUUGUAUUCAAGUGA